CAGUCGUUACAUUUUCCGUGCCAGUAGCUUUCUCUCAUGAUCUUUUCCCCCAAGCCACCUGCUCCUUCCUCGUUUUCCCUUAUUUCCCAUUAACAUUCGGCUGGUCUCCAAACCUCAACCUAACCUUUCAACGCCUCGAUUUCAUCGCGCUCUCUCCCCCUCCCCCUCUCCCUCUCCCUCUCCCUCUCCCUCACUCAAUCGAUCCCUUCUUUCUCUUUCGCGGCGGCGAUCUAUGGCAGAGCCGGAGCAUCCUGGCGAGCAGGAAAAGGUGGCUGAAUCUUUGAUGGAGAAGAUCAGCGAGAAGAUCCACGGUCAUGAUUCGUCUUCGUCGUCUUCAGACUCCGAUGAUGACAAGCCAUUGCCCGCUGACUCUGUUAAGGCCAAGAUUUAUCGGCUCUUCGGGAGGGACAAGCCAGUGCACGAGGUCUUGGGCGGUGGAAAACCUGCUGAUGUUUUCCUAUGGAGAAACAAGAAAAUAUCGGCUAGUGUGCUUGGUGGUGCUACAGCACUGUGGGUUCUUUUUGAAUUGCUUGAAUACCACCUCAUCACUCUUGUCUGCCAUGUUUUGAUACUCGCUCUGGCUAUCCUUUUCUUGUGGUCCAAUGCAUCUACCUUCAUCAACAAGUCUCCACCACACAUCCCAGAGGUUACACUUCAUGAGAAGUGUGUCCUUGAAGUUGCCUCUGCUAUCAGAAUUGAAAUCAAUCGGGCGUUGGCUGUUGUUCGAGAUAUUGCAUCUGGCAGGGAUUUGAAGAAGUUCCUUAUCGUUGUUGGUGGUCUAUGGAUUUUGUCCCUGGUGGGGAGCUCCUUUAACUUCUUGACCUUGUUUUACAUAUCCUUUGUUCUUCUGCACACAGUGCCAGUGCUCUAUGAGAAAUAUGAGGAUGAGGUUGAUGUAUUUGCAGAAAAAGCAAUGAUUGAGAUCAGGAAACAGUAUGCAGUCUUUGAUGCAAAGGUUUUGAGUAAGAUUCCCAAAGGGCCAUUGAAGGGCAAGAAGAAGGACUAGAUAUUAUAUACGGGGGUAGUAUCUGUUAGGUUAUGUUGGCACCUGUAGCUAUUUUGUUAUGGUGGUGGUCUGGUUUGUCCAUUUGAAUCCCUCUUCUAUGUCGUGGUUCUUAACUUUUGUUUGUUUUUUAAGAUGGAUAUGGCACUCGGUAUCAAAGUUAGAGACUUUAUAUUGUGAAAUGCAGCGUGGAAGACCUUGCCGCAGUAAUAUUUGAUGCGAAAGUGCCUGCUCAGUUUUGUUCUUAAUAAUCAGCAAACAUUCGAUGCCGGUAUUGUUACA